AUGCGAUGCGAAAAUUAUUGUAGACACCCGGUUCUAUGUGCAGUGCCGCGAAAUGCUCACUGGUCGAAAAAUUUGAGACCAAGGUUUCCAAACCGCACCAUGUUAGGCUUUGGGACAUGCUGGCUUCCAGCCUCGAAUCGGGCACUUUUGGGACCAUGUUCUCGACGUUCGUUCACAGUGUCGUCAGCUAGCUUCGCAAAAGCAGCUCCAAGCAAAGACGGCAAAAAAAAGGUCAAACAAGGGUUCAAGUUGAAAUCAGACCCAAAAGCUAAAAAGGUUAAAAAGGGAGGUAUGACCCAUCUCACCUUCAGAGACGCCGUCCGAGCACUCAACUUUGAAAAACUGGCGGUAGAUUUUUCCAAAUUGGAAAUUGGGACUCUUAAUUUCGAAAAGCUCAACGACCUGAAGGAUAAAGUCGUCAAGUAUUCCGACGCCGCAGAAUCAAGUUUGACUCAGCUUGACACCUUUAAGAAGUACCAGCACCAUGAAAUGUUCAGCAAGCCAGUCUCCAUGGUUUCUGAUAACACAAUGAACCUCGAGAACACAUUCAUGUCCAAAUUGGAACAAGAAACAAAGACCAAUAGAAUGUGUCUCGUUGGAGAAAAAGGCGUAGGAAAGUCGCUGUUGGUGGCACAAGCACAGGCAUUGGCGCUUUCCAAGUUCAAUGGUGACGUAGUCUUAUUACAUCUUGACUAUCCCGAGAAAGUCAUCGAAGGUUCAAGCGACUACAUUUUCAACAAAAGAUUGGGAUUAUACCAGCAACCCAUGUUCACUAAAAGAUGGAUCAAAAAGUUGCGUGCAGCAAACGAGACCGUACUCCGUAAACUUCCAUUGACACGCGACUCCUCAUUCGUCGCCAAAAAGGUGGAGUACAACUUGAAGAAGGGGGAAAACACCUUGUAUGAUUUCUUGGUUUACAACCAUGAUUUCGGCAAAGUAGGACCUUCUACUGCCUUCCAAUUCUUUGUGGAAGAAUUGAUGCAUCAUUCGGCCCAAUUUCCUAUUCUUGUGACCAUUGAUAACUUCAAUGCUCUCACAUACGAUACAUACACGCAAUACCGUCAUCCCGACUUUACUCGUAUUCACUUCACCGAGUUCGAGAUGGGAUCUUUUCUCCUUAAAUUGGCUAGUGGAGAUCUCAGCUUCAAAAAGGGAGGAAUCUUGAUGGCUGAAAGCAAAGACAUUUCUUACUCCCACACUUUACCAGUUGCCUUGAAUCAAGAGCAAUACGAUCCAUACUGGAAAACCAACCAAUGUGACCGCAAAGUAGCUGAGUCUCUUUUGCUGAAUGGCGGUAUAACGCCGUUUGAAGUCCAGACUUUGAACAAGGACCAAACUAGAGAGUUGAUGGAGUUUUGGGAGGCUGCGGGAGUUUUGCAAGUACGAGACUACCCAAGUAAACCCGACCAUCGCACAUCCGAAGAAAUUAUCAAAGAAAGGGAAGAACGCUUGGCGUCAGAAAUUGUUGAUUCCGCUCCCGAAGAAGAUGCCGAACAGCAGUUUGAGCGGAUAGUCAACACCCAUUAUGUCAUGAGUUCAGGCAAUCCUGGACAUCUUGUCAGGGCUGUGAAUAUAAGCUACUAA